AGUAUAUACGUCAUCAUCAAGCACCCCGAAGGUCCUCAUACAUGCAUGUGCUCGAGGUUUGUGGUGGCAAUUUUGAAGUGUCCCCUCAUGGCGAAUUCAUUCUCCCAGGAGCUCGAAGACCUCCUUAACCCGCUCCCCAAGUUUGCCGACCCCGAGGAUGACCAUGACGAGGCCACCAAAGCCCGGGUUAGCGACACCUUCGCCGGGGACGACGAGGCUGCAGCGGAUGCCGAGGCCGGCAUCGGCGCCCUGCGGCGAAGAAACGCCAUCAUGCCAGCCGAGAGCGACGGGAGAUACCUGGGCAAGGCCGUCAGCAGACAGCAGCUCUUCCUCAUGGAUAUGGAGCAGGAUCAAGAUGAUGACCUAAGUAUUUGCAAUGAGGAGGAUGGCAGUGCGGAAGACCUAGAGGAAGAUGAUGACAAUGAGGAGGCCGAUGAGGACGAGGUGGAGGCCAAUGAUGACGAAGUGGAGGCCGAUGAGGACGAAGUGGAGGCCGAUGAGGACGAAGUGGAGGCCGAUGAGGACGAAGUGGAGGCCGAUGAGGACGAAGUGGAGUCUGAUGAGGACGAAGUGGAGGCCGAUGAGGACGAAGUGGAGCCGGAUGCAAACGUGUCACUUGCCGCCGGCGUGGACCUCCACAAGCUGAUGAGCGAAAUGGAUAAGCCCAGCGCGAGCGAGGACGACAGCAGCGACGAGACGGAGGACGACCAAGAAGAGGAGCGCGCCAUCUCCACCUUCUCCGAGGCCAAGGUGGACGAGGAGGUGGAGAAGAGCCGGGCGGUGCGGAACCAGCUGGCAGUGUGGGAGCGGCUCCUGGAGGCCCGCAUCAAGAUGCAGAAAGUGCUGGCCAGCGCCAACCGGCUGCCCGGGCCGCUUGUCCUCCCGCUCUUCCGCGCCAGGGGCGCCGCCGGGCUGGUGGGCGCUGUCAAGAAUGCGCGCAAGGCCUUGAAGGCUCUUCAGAGGUCCCUGCUGGAGCUUCACGAUCAGCUCAUGCAGCAGAGCUCUGAGCAAGUCCUCUUGGCUUUUGGCGAGGAAGAAGAUGACAACAAAGAGAGGAGUGCGUCCAAGCGCAAACUGGACAUGUCCGACUACCCUGAGAUGGCGUCCAAGCGUUUUGCUGCUUUCCGGCCAUAUCGUGACGCCACGCUGCAGAAGUGGCACGACAAAACCCGCCUGAGCUCAGGCAAGGGGGGCAGCGGCAACUUCGGAGCAUUUGAGCGCAACGUCGUGAGCCAAGUGGAGCAGAUUCUGAUGGACAAGGAGCGGCUGGUGCGACGCACGCAGACGCGACGCUCAGAGUACCGCAUCCUCGGAACCGGCCCGGAGCGGGAGCUCGCCAGCGCCGACCCUUCGGAUGAGGAGCGUCAUCGGGAUCGUUUAACGCCUGCCGGAGGAAACUCACACGAUGUUGACGAGGACAUCUUUGACGACGACGACUUUUAUCACCAGCUGCUGCGUGAGCUCAUCGAGCGCAAGACGGGCGGCUCCGACGCCAACCCGCAGGUGGCAGCGGGGCGCCAGUGGCUGCAGAUCCAGAAGUUGCGCAGCAAGAUCAAAAAGGUGGUGGACACCAAGGCCAGCAAAGGACGUAAGGUCAGGUUUGUCGUGCAUACCAAGCUGCUCAACUUCAUGGCGCCCGUCCUGUACGGACAGGACACCCUGGCACACGACGCCCGCACCGAACUCUACCAGGGGCUCUUUGGACUCCGCCCACCCGUGUUGUCACCGGCCAUCUGUGACGUCACCACCCAGUGACAUGAAUGCCAAUCGACGCCUCGAUUUGUUAGUGCAGUCCUUGACCUUCAACCUUUUGACACAUUUAUACUGUGGACCGCAAAGGGUCACUAUUGUGUGCUGUACAAUGCCAUCCAUUGAGUACCAAACUCUGUUCCAUACACUCUACUAUGUUAUGAACAACUGUUAUAUUGUAGAAAUUUGCUGGUGUCUCAGUGGAACAUCCUUUGCCACAAUUUGUCAAAAUUCCCAUCUAAACUUCAGUGCUAUCUAAUGUCUAAGUUUCUAUAGCGUGUGAGUAAAGACAAUCUUAGGGAACAAAGAGCACAGGUAUAAAACCGGCCCCAACUGCAUACCUGCUGGCAGAGACGCCUGCUCUCAAUAUCUGCCACAGUACAUUGAACUACAUUAUGUAGUGCUAAUA